AUGAAAUGCUGUGAGGUUGUUGUAAGAAUGAUUCUGCGUUUGAAAUCAAGUACAAUGGACUGUCAUCUUUUGUUGCCAUGUAUAUUAAUGCUAGUUUUGGACUUUCGGGCGGAAGGAGCAAUGACAUGGGCAGUGGGAUAUCCCCCUUCAAUCCGAUCCCCUAGUGUUGAUUUAACAACAUCGGAACCAUGCUUCAAUUCUUUUACUAGUUUGUUUGUUGUCAAUGGCGAGGGGACUUUAGUGUACAGAUUGCUGUCUCAGAAUCCCAAUGGUAAUUUUUAUAACGCAGGAUACAGAAUAAAGUGUAAUGAGACUGUCCUUAGAUCCAACGGCUACUCGAGUUAUACCCUUAACGUGAGCGUAACAGAUGGCGUCACAACACUUUAUGACACCUUUAACGUGACCAUUUUUUUACCAAACGCUGAAGCGACCACAGCGGCUAUAACGACUAUAUUGGCUGAAAACACCACAGCGACUGAAACCACCACAGCGGCUGAAACCACCACAGCGGCUGAAACCAUGACAGUGGCUGAAACGACCACAGCGACUGAAACGACCACAGUGGCUGAAACGACCACAGUGGCUGAAACCACCACAGCGGCUGAAACCACAACAGUGGCUGAAACGACCACAGUGGCUGAAACGACCACAGUGGCUGAAACGUCCACAGUGGCUGAAACGACCACAGUGGCUGAAACGACCACAGUGGCUGAAACGACCACAGUGGCUGGAACGACCACAGUGGCUGAAACGACCACAGUGGCUAAAACGACCACAGUGGCUGAAAAGACCACAGUGGCUGAAACGACCACAGUGGCUGAAACGAUCACAGUGGCUGAAACGACAACAGCGGCUGAAACGACAACAGCGGCUGAAACGACUACAGCAACUGAAACGACCACAGCGGCUGAAACGAACUCAGCGGUUGAAACGACCACCGCGGCUGAAACGACCACUACGGCUGAAACCACCACAGCGGCUGAAACGACCGCAGCGCCUCAAACAACUACAGCGGCUAUUAUUACUACAGAGGCUGAAAUAACCACAGCGGCUGAAACGAUCAAAGUGGCUGAAACAACCAUAGCGGUUAUUAUGACAACAGAGGCUGAAACGUCCAAACCGGCUAUUAUGACUACAGAGGCCUCAGCGACAACAGACACCCAAACGACCACAGAGUUAAAAAAGAUCACAGAGACCCAAACGACCGCAGAGUCCCUUACAUCCACAGAAGCACUUAAGACAGAAUCGAUUUCAAAAUAUGUAUACAUUGGCGUUGGAGUUGGCGUCGCAGUUACGUUGGCAACUAUUGCUAUAGUAGCCUCAGGAAUUUGUGUUUUCAGGCGGUGUAAAACAUCCUACUCAUUUGUGGCAGAAACUCAUGUAUACGAAGACACAACACACGUGGACAACAGUAAGCAAUACACUACUUUAAAGGAUGUGAAUAGUUCACCAUAUGAACUCGCCACAAGCAUCGGGGGCCUUAACGCUAACGCCGCAGCGGUGGACGAAAACAUAUUUGCAGCAAUCAAUGCAAACGAUGUUUAAAACAUGUGUGUAAAUUGAGUGACUAUGUGACAGACUCGACCAUGAUGUUCAAACUAAAAAGGAAGACUCAUUAAAAUAGCAAUUAUCAACGCACAUAACACAGUAGGUCCUGAGUCACAAACCACAGUUCCUUGACAUCAUAAAGACGAACCCUUUCCAAAUUUAAAAUGAAAUCCACUCAGCUGAAAUCAGAAGAGCAAAAUAUUUGUCCAACGUGUUCGUUUCCUUGCAGAAAUAUUUGAAACAAGAGGAUUAUAUGGCAUCGCCCUAAAUCCGUCCUUACAAGUUGCAGACACUGUCAGGUAAGAAGAGACAUCUUCUAGUUGAAAUGUUGCGAUGCAUCUCCAUGACGCCAUCAUAAAGUUUAAUUGUAUGUACAAUUGAAAGGAAAUAACGACUCGAUAUGAGAAAUAAACCACGCGACAUUAUGAGAAAGACAGUGUGCAUGUGCAAGGAAAUACAAGGGUUCUAUGCAUGAUUACAAAUUGCAAGCAGUUUAAUUUACAUAACGAUAUAUAUUUAUUAAUGUUUGUCAUGUUCAUUAAUUGUACAACCAUUUCAUGUCUAUCUCGAUAAAAUGUGUCCGGCUUCUUAAAAUAAAAACUACUUUGACAUUUUAUAAGACUUUCAUUUGCAAUUGUAACCUAAUUUAUAGACAUAAAGACAUACGAUUAAUUAAAUAUCCAGGCAUAUUUGAAGACAACAAACUGGUAUACAAAUACAUAAUGCUGAUAGAUAUAUGGAUAUCUUAUAAACUAAUUAAUCUUGCAAAUAAAUUACUUAGAAAUGUAAGAU